GUGCCGGCUCUCUGGACCGGCUCGUCCCGGGCCGCCCCCCCCGCUCGGCUCACAGCGGGGUAAAAUGGCGGCCGUGGCUGCAGAGCCCCGAGCUGCUGGUCCAACAACAACAAGAACCCAGAACCCUGAAGGACCGGAACCGGGCCCCGCACAGCCCGGCCCGGCCGGACCGGAGCUGCCUGCAGACACACAGGACAUGAACGGCCUGCGGGGGGUCGAGCAGGUCCACCGGGAGGACCGGGAGAGAGCCGCUGGAGGAUCCGGGGCCGGGUCUGGAGGAGGAGGGGAGGACGGGGAGCUCCAGAACCUCUCUGACCAGCCCGGUACCGGUACCGAGCUGCUGCUCAGUCAGUCCCCGGUGGACCUGGUGGGGGACCGGUUGGGGGACCGGUACCGCUCCUCCCUGCUGGACCCGCAAUCCUCCGCCGUCUUCCUGCACUCCUACCCGGCUCCUCCGCCCGGGACCGGGACCGGGACCGAGGCCGGGCUCUCUCUGGCGGAACCAGCAGAACCGACGGACAGAGACAGAGACUACCCGGAGCUGAGACCUGGUCCCGGUCCCGCUGAGGACCUCCUGGACCCGGAGACAGAGCCCGGGUUCAGAACCUCAGCUGGUACCGAGGACUCCUCCGGUCCCGGUCCCGGUCCCGGUCCCGGCCGGGCCCAGAAGAGACGGCUGCUGACGGAACCCCUGAAGCAGGAGGACUCCUCUGGUCCUGGACCGGAAUCCGGUACCGAUCCUGGUCCGGUUCAGGUUCUGAGUCCCGGCUCCGAGGUCCGGGUCUCUCUGGACCACGUCAUCGAUGACGCGUUGGUGGUGUCCUUCCGGUUGGGUGAGAAGAUGUUCUCAGGUGUUCUGAUGGACGUCUCCAAAAGGUUCGGACCGUACGGUAUUCCAAUCACGGUGUUUCCCAGACGGGACGACCGGAGUCGACCUCAGAUGGCACCGUCACCGCCGGCUACCGACGUUGACCCGUCCGCCAAACAGGAAGAGAUCACCGCGAGUCCUGUGUCCGCGCCCCCUCCCCAUCCUCAUCCCUGGACCGCCAAACCACCGCCGCUGUUCCAGGAGGGGGCGCUGUACCCCCCUCCUCUGUUCAUCAGGGACACCUACAACCAGGCCUUACCUCAGCCGCUGCCACGCAAGAUCAAACGGCCAAAGCGGCGCUACCGCUGCGAGGAGCCGACCUCCAUCAUGAACGCCAUCAAGCUCCGCCCCCGCCAGGUGCUCUGCGACAAGUGCAAAGGUGUGGUGGCAUCAGGUGGGCACAGGGAGGCGCGGCGGUGCCCGGUGGAUCUGAGGGGCGAGGAGGUGUCGCGGCGGCGGCGAGCGGCCGAGGGACCGAUCUCCUCUGAGGUCAAACGGCUGAGAAGUGACGACAAGGGAGGACGCACUGCUGCAGACAGACGCUCAUCAUCAGGGAUACGUGUGUCAUCUUCACCAUCGCCUUCCUCUCGCCGUGUCCUGAGGGGCGUGGCUUCAUCUUCGUCCUCGCCGUCGUCCGUGUCCAGCCGCAUGUGUCUGAAGCUGAACCCUAAGAAGGUACUGGCCAAAGGUCCGGCUGUCGACUGCUCCAAAGCACCGCAGGUUCUCAAGAAGCUAGCGAGGAGUUCACAGCCGCCGUCGCCGUCGCCGCCGCUGCCGCCGCUGCCGCCGCAUCGCCGGCCCAAAGACCAGAACCAGAAUCAGAACCAGGGUCAGACCCAGAACCAGGACGGCACCAAGGCUGUGACCCGAGCAGCCGCCCUGCAGAACCACAACCAGAAGGUGCACUUCACUCGCCGCCUGCAACACCUCAGCGGCGCCGCCGUCAGCUCGAGCUCUCUCACGCCACUUCCACCCAGAAUGCGCCUCAAACCCCAAAGGUAUCGUACCGACGACGGCCAGGUGCUCUCCUGUUCCUCCUCCUCCUCUUCCUCCUCGUCCACCUCCUCGUCCACCUCCUCCCCGCCCAAACAGAGCGUACGCUCCUCGCCUCUCAAACCUGCUUUAAGUCCCGUCCCCACAUCAGACCCAGAACCGCCUCCGGUCCCGUCCCUUCCCUCGACCGCAGCUCCUCCUCCGACGCCCGUUUCCUGUGCAGCCAGUGUUGCCGUGGAGACGCAGGAGGUGUGCCCCCCUGGGGAGGAGGGGGUGGAGCAGGGAGAGCAGGGGGCGGAGCCUCCUCCUACCUGCUCCUCCAUCUCCUCCUCCCUGGACUCCUCCCACUCAGAGUGCAGCUCCACAGAGACCUUUGACCUCCCUCCUCCAGGAGACCCUCCCUCCGUCCCCGUCCCCGUCCCCGUCCCCGUCCCCGUCCCCGCUCCGCCUCCCUCCUCCUUGUUAGGGCCUCAGUGUCCCUCCUCUUCCUCUCCCGCCACCCAGAGCCCCAGAGCCCAUGGCGAGGAGACGCACGCCGGCGGCGAGGAGGAGGAAGAGGAGGGAGGUGAAUUGAAGAGGCGUCGUAAGUCUUCCACGUCCUCCUCCUCCUCCUCGUCUUCGUCGUCUUCCUCCGUCUUCUCUAAGUUGGUGUCCAAGUGUGCGCUCCCCGACGGCCGGUCGGUGUGCGUCGGCGACAUCGUCUGGGCCAAGAUCUACGGCUUCCCCUGGUGGCCGGCGCGCGUGCUCGGCAUCACGGUGUCACGGCGCAGCGACACGGGGCUGGCGGUGCGGCAGGAGGCGCGGGUCUCCUGGUUCGGCUCCCCCACCACCUCCUUCCUGCCGCUCACCCAGCUGUCGCCCUUCCUGGAGAGCUUCCAGUCCCGCUUUGACAGGAAGAGGAAGGGUCCGUACCGCCGCGCCAUCGCCGAGGCCGCCAACGCAGUCAAACAACUGACGCCUGAAGUCCGGGCGCUGCUCACGCAGUUCGAGACGUAGCAUCGGCUACGGCUGCCGACACCUCCCCUCCUGCCCCGCCCCCUCCACACAGGCCCCGCCCCUCCACACAGGCCCCGCCCCAAACAGGAAGUGGGAGGAGCUUGUCCUCCCCCCUCUUCAGACGGAUGUGUGUCUGUCAGAGACUAACGCAAACAGAUGGACGAUGUUCACGUGUCUGCACUUCCUGUUCGGAGAGCUUCUCAGUUACCUGUCAGUGUUCAGGGGGCAGUGGGCGGGGCUUAUCUCUGUGGUUACCUCCCCCUGUCUUCACAGAGGUCCUCAGUUUCAGGCAGGUGUCAUUCGUAUGUUCACACUACGAGCAACAAAACGGCCAGCGUGGCCAGCUACAUCUCCGCCGUUGACGUAGUCAUUAACGGCGUGGGAACUGGCUAACGGCUAACGGCCAACUUGACUUGUUGCGCGUCACGCCGCCACGCAUCGACUAGUGUCGGUUUGCUUCCGUUGAAAGUGACUCGUAGCCUGUCGCUUUGUCGCUCGUAGUGUGAACACAGCAUCAGUCAGUGGUAGCGUUUCCACUCGCCUCACCUUCACAGCGGCGGCGGCGAACGUUCGCUAACCCCGAUGAUGUCAUAGUGAUGUCAUCAGACUGAAAUCCACCUAUCCUGAUGCGUAGGAGGAUGUAGGAUGAGUGUUUUAGGACUUAACUUUCAGGAUAUCUUUGUUCUGGUUUUUAAUUCAGGAUUCAAGAUUCAGCCUGCUGAUUGGCUGACAGCAUGACAUCAUGAUGAUGUCACACAAUCAGUGAUGUAACAAAUAAACACUAAUUCAGAUGCUGGAGCUAACAGCUGAUAAGCUAACAGCUGUAGUGAUCGAUCGAUCGAUCGGAAUAGAAGUUCUGAUUCAACGCCGUCAAUCACUUAGAUCUGACAUGUUUGUCCCUCGGCGGUCCGGUGCCGGUCCGGCGGCGGUCUGGUGCCGGUCCGGCGCCGGUCCGGUGGCGGUCUGGUGCCGGUCCGGCGCCGGUCCGGUGGCGGUAUGAAGCGCUGAUGUGUCACUCCCUGGUUUGCUGGUUCUGAUGAGGAACGUUCCCAGAGUGAAAGUGAAACAAAAACAUUCUUCAGUUCACUAAGAUGAAAACUGUGAAACACAAAGUGUUGUUCAAACUGAGGCCAGGGGUCCCAAACAGGGUCCCCGUAGUCCAGGAUGAGAUCUGGUCCCUGUAGUCCAGGAUGAGAUCAGGUCCCCGUAGUCCAGGAUGAGAUCAGGUCCCCGUAGUGCAGGAUGAGAUCAGGUCCCCGUAGUCCAGGAUGAGAUCUGGUCCCCGUAGUCCAGGAUGAGAUCUGGUUCCUGUAGUCCAGGAUGAGAUCUGGUCCCCGUAGUCCAGGAUGAGAUCUGGUCCCCGUAGUCCAGGAUGAGAUCUGGUCCCCGUAGUCCAGGAUGAGAUCUGGUCCCUGUAGUCCAGGAUGAGAUCUGGUCCCUGUAGUCCAGGAUGAGAUCUGGUCCCUGUAGUCCAGGAUGAGAUCUGGUCCCCGUAGUCCAGGAUGAGAUCUGGUUCCUGUAGUCCAGGAUGAGAUCUGGUUCCUGUAGUCCUGUAUCAGCUGCAGCUCAGAGAUGUUCUAGGCAGACGAUGUCGAUGACGUCUCACUUGUUCUGUGGUUCAGACCCCGGAGCCUCAGUUGAUCAACGUUAGACUGACAGGGAGGACAAGGACUAGAGGGAGGACAGGUAGGACACACUGACUGUUAGACAGGACGCUGCUCUCAUGAUGAUGAUGCUGAUGAUGAUGAUGAUGAAGGUGGUUUUCCCGCUCUCUGUCAGACUCUUUUGACCGUCUGUUUGCAGAUCAGAGACGCUGAACUGAACCUGUUGUUGAUAAAUGAACUGAACCAACCGGACUAGAAUCAGAACCACACAGACUAGAAUCAGAACCAACCGGACUAGAAUCAGAACCACACAGACUAGAAUCAGAACCAACCGGACUAGAAUCAGAACCAACCAGACUAGAAUCAGAACCAGCCGGACUAGAUCAGAACCGCUCCGUCUGAGAACAGAACUCUUGUGUAUGUUUUUCUUUUGUUUUUUUCUGAUGUUUUAAAUCUAUUAAAAAACUGUCAAACUUC